GUAAUUUACUUUACUAUUUGUCAUAUUGAUAUCUAAACUUUGUAAUCUAACCUGUACUCUUGUGUUCAGCUCACAGCGCACAUGAUGCAAUAUGACAGUUUCAAUGAGAUCUGUUCUCAAGGAACCCAGACCAAACUCUCCACCUCCAGUAAGGACGAUGUGCUCGUCUCCUUCACCUCCACCUGCUCUCUCCUCUCCUCCACCUUCUCUCAGUUUCUACUAGAAGUAUCCCGACUGCUACAAAUCCCGAUAGACAAGCAAAACCCCCUUAUCUCAGUAGACAAGCUCCUGUCAGAAUUCAAGGAGCGCUCCCUGGAGCUCCACAACAUUGACACAACCGAGCUCUCCUUCCACUCUCCCCUCAUCCCUACCUCCCCCCAGAGCAGCGUCUCUCCUCCCCGCUCUAAUCAGGGAUCCUACCUGUCUGCUAGCUUGGAUAAGAGUAACUCAGACUCCAUUCCCGGCACCCCUCCUGCCUCACCCCGAGAUAAAACACCCUCUUCAACACCCACCCCUCCUUCUUCUCUCUCCAUACCCUGCUCUGUUCCCUCUCUCUUCCCUCAACCCAUGAUGACGAACAGCCUGCCAGCAGACACCCCUAGGGUAGCCACCAGAGUCUCCCCUCUCCGGCUACCUGUUGUUCCAGUGCCCGCUAAGAUAACUAAAGAACAAGCUGACUCCACCAAUCGCAUUACUCCUCCCCUCCCUCUCAACGAAAUGUGUAUCGGUAACUCCUCACGAUCAGCCUUCUGCAAACCUGCCCCGAAACUAGUGUCCCCAACCUCCUCAGUCUCCAGUCACACCAUGACCAGCCAGAUUAAACUUGAACCCAGCACUCCCCCAGCCAACACCAAGAAUGAGACGGAGCUGCUGGAAUGUCUCCAGAAACUACAGAACUGCUACGAGAAGUACCUUACCCCACCAACCCUGCCAUUCAGCCUCAACAGCAUUCUACACGACAUCAAGCCUCGCCAGCUCCCCGAUAUCAAGCCUCCUGUUUUCAAGCAUUUGAAGCCUAGCUGCUUUGAGGGAUUGAAGCCUCCAACUCUAGAAAGCCUGAAGCUACCUCUACCUUCUACAUUUCAGUUUCUGGACCGAGCGGCUGAUCCUAACGCUAUCAUUAAAGCAAUGCAGGAGCGAAACCCUCUUCUAAACGCGGGAGCAGUAUCAGCAGGAGUACAACCAAGACAACAACCUACUAAUAACAGACCUCAACUCUCACCUCUCUUCUCCUCUCCUAUGAAGUGUCCCUACUGUAACCUGACAUUCCACAAGAAGAGCCAUCUCUCCAACCAUCUCGUUCAGUUACACUCACUAUCCUACCACUGCUGCAGACAAUGUAAAAUCAGCUUCCCAGAUAGACAAAGCCUGGAGCACCAUCAGCGAUCUCAUCCUAAGCAACAGUUCCAAUGCACUGGAUGUAACUUGUCCUUCAAAACCGGGUCCGAGCUGAAGCGACACGUUAAAACACAUACACAAGAACGAGCCUUCAUGUGCGACAUCUGCGGCAGUCGGUUCAACCUGAAACAUAACCUGAAGGCGCACAUGAGGCAGCAUACCGGGGAGCGACCCUUCCGAUGCAAGAUCUGCAACCGAGGUUUCACCAGGUCCAACAACUUGAAGAGGCAUUUGUACGCACACUGCUCAGCGGAAACAACUCCACAAGUUUCCAUGUCCCGGACGGGGGGAGGCGCUGCAGACCAGGUUUUGUCGAUGAUACCUAAUAUGGUGAUGUUUGAUGGAAGUAGGUUACACAGUAUUCCCGUCCAGAAUGAGGUGAAAGUAGACUGAGACUGUUUGAAGUUUAGUUGGGGGUUUUAAGAUCCUCGUUUGUUAGCUAAUGUGAUUUAGGUUUUAGAGUAUUACGUGGUGCGUAUUGAGUUAAUGAUUUUAAUCUUGACUCGUUCUGACUCCAACAAGCGGAUAUAGAUAACUGAAGUUCAGUACCGUUGCUAUUGAGAAAGAUACAAGAACCGCAAUAACUUAUCUUUAACAUGUUAAGGAUUAUGAGAUAUUUUUACUUUUGAAUACGAACUACUAUAAAUUUAAAUUAAUUAGUGGUCUGACUUGUCUUUGUGGGUAAGAAUAAUUAUUUUAAUAUUUACAUUUAACAGCUGUUUUUAAUUUUGUACGUGUUCGAUAACGUUUAGCAAAUGUUUUUGGAAUGUAAUUUUGCAUUAUUUUAUUCUAGAACUCACCCA